AUGUCUGACGACCCUACCAACACAAUAACGCAGGAUGGGGAUGAAGAUGCCUACAAUUCCGCCGACGAUGAAGAUUUCGAGCUAGGCGCAGCGCAGGACGACUCCGAUCUUUCCUCCGACGCCGACGAGGCCGACGAACCCUCCAAGAAGAAGCGCAAAAUACAGUCCAAAUCACAAGCCCCAGAAGAUCCAGAACUCGACUCUGGCGAUGAAAUCACAAUCCAAAAGGCGAAGGAGAAGAGAGAAAAGAGGGCCAAAGGAAAGAAGACCAAGGGAAAACGAGCGCGUGAUAGCGACGAUGAUGACGACGACGUCGACAUGGAUGAUGAGGGGGGCACGGGCGGAUUCGUGCGAACGCGAGCAAUGAAAAAGCACUUCCGAGAGGAAGAAGCCGAGCGCAAACCACUGGCCAAAAUUGACGGCGCGACUGUUGAUGUCAAUGCCCUGUGGGAGCAGAUGAACGCCCCCCAGCCCCCGAGCGGCCACCAAACACCACAACCUACCGAAACCGCCCCCGAGCCCGAGACUACAGACCCAGCAAAGGCGCAGGACCAGCCGACCCCAGAUAGAGAGACCAAGCCAGCCGAUGCGCCCGGUGAAAUGAUCAAGAUCAAGCGCACCUAUAAGUUUGCCGGCGAGUGGAUCACAGAGGAGAAAGUUGUGCCCAAGCACUCUGCAGAGGCUAAGGCGUUUCUUUCAAGUGGUGAGAACGCCGAAUACACAGACGAAGACGCAUCCACAACUCUCAACAUACGCCGACCACUCCGCAAGAUCUCGCGAUUCGACCCCAACCCGACCGGCGCGAUUAAGAAGAGCUGGGAGAAGCAGCUCGUUCCCGAGAAGGAUGCGCAGGGCCCCAAGAUCAAUACCGUGGAGAAGUCAAGACUCGACUGGGCUUCGUAUGUCGACCAGGCUGGUAUCAAGGACGAACUCCGUACGCACAGCAAAGCCAAGGAGGGCUAUAUGGGUCGUAUGGAUUUCUUGGGUCGCAUGGAAGACAAGCGGGAGGAGGAAAGGCGCGAAGCACGCCUCAAGGGCAUGUGA